AUGGCCGACAACGGACUCACCCUCACCGUCCUGGGCUGCGGCGUCAUGGGCAACGCCAUCCUCGGCGGCAUCAUGGCCGCCCUCGCCGACACCUCUGGCGCCACCAUCGCCGACGAGACCGUCCCGCCGCGGCUCCCGACCAAGUUCAUCGCGUGCGACGCGUGGGAGGGGGCGCCGGCCGCGAUCCGCAGCGUGCUGGGCAAGUACAACCAGCCGCUCGAGAUCCUGGUCAACGACAACCUCACGGGGGCGCAGAAGGCAGACGUGCUGCUGCUGGCGUGCAAGCCGUACAUGCUGCAGGAGGUGCUCGGGGCGGCGGGGAUGCGCGAGGCGCUGGCGGGCAAGCUGAUCAUGUCGAUCCUGGCGGGCGUGUCGGUGGAGCAGAUCGAGGCGACGGUGUACCCGGGCGGCGUGCCCGGCGACGGCAGCGCCUGCCGCGUCGUGCGCGUCAUGCCCAACACGGCGGCGCUGGUGCGGCAGAGCAUGACGGUCGUGGCGCAGCCGACGCCGCCGCUGAGCGCCGACCAGACGGCGCUCGUGACGUGGUGCUUCAACCGGUGCGGCAAGGUCGUGCAGCUGCCCCCGCACCUGAUGGACGCGUGCACCUCGCUGUGCGGGUCCGGCCCGGCGUUUGUCGCGCUGAUCCUCGAGGGCCUGGCCGACGGCGCCGUCGCCAUGGGCAUCCCCCGCAAGGAGGCCCAGCUCAUGUCGGCGCAGAUGAUGAAGGGCACGACGGGCCUGGUGCUCGAGGAGAACAGGCACCCGUCCAUCCUCAAGGACAUGGUGUCCACGCCCGGCGGCUGCACCAUUGGCGGGCUGCUGACCCUCGAGGAGGGCGCCGUCAGGGGCAAUGUUGCGCGUGCCGUCAGGGAGGCUACGGUUGUUGCGAGCCAGCUCGGUCAGGGCGUCAAGAACGUCAAUGGCACUCGUCACUGA